GGUCACACCCCCUGCACAAAAACAUCCCCAAAAGAACCUGUACUGAAAUUGCGUUAGAGAGGUAGAGAUACCCCAGGGAGGAAGUGGCAAACGGCGAAAUGGGAACACCCCUCUUUGAUCCCAUAAGGUGCGUCAGGGAAAGUUGGACUUCGUUUAGGCAGGGACGGAGACAUCUCUUCCCAUGCUGCCACCAGGAUCAGUGGGUCAGAGGAAGCCAGGCUCCCCCCCGCCCCUACCUCAGUUGCUGCGUGUGGGACCACAGCGGUGAGUCUGACCUCUCUUCCCGCCCCUUUCAAGGCUGGGACUUUAUUAAGGCCGGUUCUAUCAGGCUGAGCCACGCGCUUGGAGGAAUGCGGAUUCUGGCGGAAGCGCGAGGAGACUAGCCAGCAGGAGAGGAGCUGUGUCCGAGAACAAGGUAGGGACGGUUCUCUCCGGGAACCAAGCGCGGGGUUAAGAGCACGGGGAUGGCUGCUUGAGGCCCGGAGGUCAGAGCUGGCUGGCUCCACGGGGAGGUUUCCCAGUCUCCCCGGCUCAAGGAAACAUUCAAGAUGCAGGGAUAGACGUGCACAGGCGAACACGGCUUUAAAGAGCGAGGAAAGGUCCCAGCGCGGCGGGGCGGGCCCGAGGGAGGUGGCAAGGCGCCUGGAGCGGGAACCUCAGGCAGCCGGCGGAUGGGCGCUGGGACCCGCGAGCCAGCCUCUGGCUCCAGUCGCUCCUCGCACUGCGUUUUGCUGGCGCCCCGCCUCCGCGGCUCGAAGCGAAGGAAAGGGGCCAGGCCGAGUCUGAGCCCGCCCCCUCCCCCGCCCCCGAUUGGCUGCUGCAGUUGUCCAUCCAGAAUCUAUUUUUGAUCGGGGGGGUGCCACCCAGUCUGCCCCAGAUCACGUUUGCCCCUAGCAGCCAACCAGUCGGGCCCAAGUCCCCGGGCAAGAAGCGAUUGGGGGCGAGUGAGCUCGGCCCCACGGUCCCCCGUCCGGGUCCCCCAGCCCCCGCCCGGGAGCAAGGCGGUAUAUCCUGCACUCCCUCCCUGACCACCUCCCCUUCGUGGAAGCGGAGCGGCGGCCUCGCAGUAACGCAGAGGCGAAAUGUAGCGAGCCGGGUGUCGCGGCUGGACGCUCGCCUUGGCUGGGGGUGUGGGGGGCACGCCGGAGGCCGAGGAGGACUGCCGAGGAGGAGUGAUGAGAAGAGGGGGAUCCCUGCACCCCCCAAGACCACGGGUCCCUGCUGCCACACGCCAGGCGCCCCUCUUCCUCCCCAGCGAGGGGCAGGGCAUCCUGGGUCACUUUUGCUUCUUUCAUCCCAUGGCCUUAGGCCCAUCUGAAGUCUCAGUCACUGGAAGGAGUGGUGUGAGGGACUGGCUUCUCUUCCUUCGAGCCCCCCUUUCAGGUGUUCCAUACAGAUUCUUGUGACUUUAAGGACCAGGGAUUUGGGAAGGUGCAAAGUCUUCCCAGGAAGGAAGGACAUCUCUGGAAAAAAGGAGAGAGACAGCAGACAGUGCCCUGGGACCAGCAGAGCCCGAGGAGCUGUGGGAAGCUGAAGGAGCCCAACCAGAGGCGGGGGAAGGAGCCACAGCCCCCGGCCGAGGCUGCCUUCUGAAAGAUCUGAACUCAAGCUACUUUAAUGAAAGAAGGGCCACCUCAGAGGGCACCCCAGACUUAGCUGGGCUCUUCUACUCUGGAUGGCCCUUGCUCUGAGAAGCCUGCACUGAGAACCAAAGAAGUUAAGAGGCCAGAGAAGCUUCCCCCAAGCACAGCGCUGGCCAGCUGGGUCAGGCUUCUGCACCCCUAGUGGCCGGCUGCAGAGUCUGGUGAGGAGUUUCUUGCUCCCCUCCAGCUCGUGGCUUCAGUGCUUGAUGGGGCUGCCUGUUGGUGGAUCAGUUUUUGCAGCACCUGAUAGGAGCGGAGAGCCGUGGGAAGAGGUCCCGCGGCGACCAAGCCUGGGUUCACCCCAAGACUAAGUUCUUUCCAGAGUUAGAAAGGGAGAAAAAGCAAACAAAGAGAGAAGAGUUCCCCCUUCUCCUCCUCCCUUCCCGUCAUGUCCUCUAAGCCGGAGCCGAAGGACGUCCACCAGCUGAACGGGACUGGCCCUACUGCCUCACCCUGCCCUUCGGAUGGCCCCGGGCGAGAGCCCUUGGCCGGGACCUCAGAGUUCCUGGGGCCUGAUGGGGCUGGGGUAGAGGUGGUGGCGAUUGAGUCUCGCGCCAACGCCAAGGGGGUUCGGGAGGAGGAUGCCCUGCUGGAGAACGGGAGCCAGAGCAAUGAAAGUGACGACGUCAGCACAGACCGUGGCCCCGCACCACCCUCCCCGCUCAAGGAGACCUCCUUUUCCAUCGGGCUGCAAGUGCUGUUUCCCUUCCUUCUGGCAGGCUUUGGGACUGUGGCUGCCGGCAUGGUGCUGGACAUCGUACAGCACUGGGAAGUCUUCCAGAAAGUGACAGAGGUCUUCAUCCUGGUGCCUGCACUGCUGGGGCUUAAGGGGAACCUGGAAAUGACCCUGGCAUCAAGGCUUUCCACCGCAGCCAACAUCGGGCACAUGGACACACCCAAGGAGCUCUGGCGGUUGAUCACUGGGAAUAUGGCCCUCAUCCAGGUGCAGGCCACGGUGGUGGGCUUCCUGGCGUCCAUCGCAGCCGUCGUCUUUGGCUGGAUCCCUGACGGCCACUUCAGUAUCCCACAUGCCUUCCUGCUCUGUGCCAGCAGCGUGGCCACGGCCUUCAUUGCCUCCCUGGUACUGGGCAUGAUCAUGAUUGGAGUCAUCAUUGGCUCUCGCAAGAUUGGAAUCAACCCAGACAAUGUGGCCACGCCCAUUGCUGCCAGCCUGGGAGACCUCAUCACCUUGGCACUGCUCUCAGGCAUCAGCUGGGGACUCUACCUGGAGCAGGAUGUCUGGCAAUAUAUCUACCCCCUGGUGUGUGCCUUCUUCGUGGCCCUGCUGCCUGUCUGGGUGGUGCUGGCUCGACGGAGCCCAGCCACAAGGGAGGUGUUGUACUCAGGCUGGGAGCCUGUCAUCAUUGCCAUGGCCAUCAGCAGUGUGGGAGGCCUCAUCUUGGACAAGACUGUCUCAGACCCCAACUUUGCAGGGAUGGCUGUCUUCACACCUGUGAUUAAUGGUGUUGGGGGCAAUCUGGUGGCUGUGCAGGCCAGCCGCAUCUCCACCUUCCUCCACAUGAAUGGAAUGCCAGGGGAGAACUCUGCGCAAGCCCCUCGCCGCUGCCCCAGCCCUUGUACCACCUUCUUCAGUCCCGAUGUGAAUUCUCGCUCGGCCCGGGUCCUCUUUCUCCUCGUGGUCCCAGGACAUCUGGUGUUCCUCUACACCAUCAGCUGUAUGCAGGGCGGGCACACCACUCUUACACUCAUCUUCAUCAUCUUCUACAUGACAGCUGCACUGCUCCAGAUGCAGUCAUUUGGGGAUCCCCAAAUGUCAGGAAUCAUGCGGACUAUAUCAAAGACGCAGGCCAGCCCACUCCACCAGAAUAUUUUAGACCGAGUUCAUCACCAACUUAAAAGUGCUGAUUCUCCUGUACAUCGCAGACUGGAUGGUGCACUGGAUGUGGGGCCGGGGCCUGGACCCGGACAACUUCUCCAUCCCGUACUUGACGGCCCUGGGGGACCUGCUUGGCACUGGGCUCCUAGCACUCAGCUUCCAUGUCCUCUGGCUCAUUGGGGACCGAGACACGGAUGUCGGGGACUAAGCCUGGUCACUCGGCCUUCUCUCCACCUCUCUGCACUUUCUGUGUGAAAUUUUUUUUUGGUUUCUCUUCCCCCACCCCACCCCACUUGACACUCCCACCUCUUUCUAGGACUUCACUUUGAUACCAAAUUCUCAUUAUUUUCAAUGGGAAUUUUUAUACAUUGAGCCAAGUUUGUAGAGCAAGAAUUCAGGCAGGACAGAUGGACUGAGAUGAAUAGUACAAGUAGAUUUUUGAGACAAUCACCAAGUGCAAUUUCAUGGUGGGUGCCUCCAGGUGAAGUGGAUUGGGGCAGGGGUUUCCAUCUGGGAUCUGGGGACAUUUGGUUUAGCUUUAGCAAACUCAGCCUCAGUGAGUGGGCUCUGGUUUUGGGGGUUUGUCUUUGUUUUCUUUUUUUCUUUUCGGUUGAACAGAGGGAUAAAUGUCACUCUCCCUUCCCCUCCCACACACACAUACUUUUUCUAGAAAUGGACCAACUUCAAAGCACUAAGCAGGAGACAGCUGCUCCUGGCCCCAAAUAAUCCGAGCCCUAUUCUCUACCCUGCUCUCAAAGAGAAUGAGGUGAACUCCUUAAAUUGUGUACAUGCUCCUUACCCAAUUGCCUGAUAAAUACCACCAGCCCCUCCCUUUGAUCUUUUUUCCAAUUGAUUGUCUCAUCCAGGAAGAUAUGAGCAGUGGCCUGGGCUCCCUGUUGACCCGUGUCUACCCAUAGUUUGCCAGGAUCUACAUCCUCCCUGGGCCCAGAGAACUGAUUAUCUCUGUUCAACCUUUAUUUCUAAUUACUUCUAAGCACGACCUUUCCCAGAGCUUGCCGGGUUGGGUUCCAAGAUUAGGGACGGAGAAUGGGUAUGUGAAAAAUGGUUGGGAGGUUGAGGGCAGCCAGGGGUGUUUCACUGCUGCUGUUCUCCUGAAGACAUAAUCACGUGGUCACCUUAGACCCUGUCACUUCCUGAAAUCGCUCAUUCUUUCAUGCCAUGGAGGUCAGUUUUCCUUUCUCUUGGCUUCUGCCCACAUUCAUCAUUCAUUCACUCAUUCAUUCAUUCAGCAAAUACACAGCCUCCCCAAGAGUAGCUCUUCUGCAGGCACGGUCUGAAACAUUUGUUGAGCGCUAUCUGUUGAGUGCCUACUACGUGUCAGGUCCUGUUUGCACAGGCACUGACUAGCCAGCAGUAAGGGAAACACGGUUCUAACCUUGCCUCGUUCCUAGAUAUAAAGGCCAUGUGCCCUUUUCAAUCUGGCAGAGAGUUUCCUCGCUGUAUUUCCAUCUUUGUCACGGAGCCAGCUUCCGCCUCUAGAUUCCACUCCUGGAUCCCACUUGCGCACAACACUGACCACGGCUAGAGCCCCUAGCCCCAUUGCUCAGCCACUGCUGAUUUCCCUAAACUCCCCUUCCUCACCCUCCCUUCCCCCCAUCUCCUCACCAGCCACGCAAAAGAGGAUUCAGAACUAGAAGGCUGGAUAUCAACCAACUGCUUCCACUUUUCUCUGCCCAGCACAAGACUGGGAGAACACUGGAGUCUCUGCACCUUCCCCACACGUUACCGUGAGCAGAUCAGGAUUCUGUUGUCCACACUCACAUGUACAAAUCUGGGCAUUUGGAUGCAGGUUUUUUUCUAGCCUGUCUAUCCACAGCUUUCCCUUAAGCCCUCCGCUCUGUAGCCUAAAGGGCCCCUCUCCAGGGGAAGACUAGGCAGUGACCCUGACUUUUACCACUACCAUGCCUCAUCCCAGGAACUUGCCCUUUACUUCCAGAGACUUUCCUCUCCCUCCAUUUCCACCCAGGCCACCUUCCAGAGCCUAGAACUUUAGAAUUGGAAUCAUAGAGGUUAUCUAGCUGGGGUUGUGUCCAGCAGAGUUUAUUAACACCAGCCUGGCCUUGUUUCUGCUCUUCCUCAGGCCUUCUUUCGUCUUGUCUUCCACCUCCAAACCCAUUUGCACACAGACUCUUAUACAGGCACCAAAACCAACUCUUCCGCCCCUGAGGCUGUGCCCCUGUGGUGUGCAGUCACCCCUGCCCCAGUCACUCACCGCUUCUUCAUCUCUGGAGUUCAGCCAGGCUGCCCUGGGGGAUUCCGGAGUGUCCUUUGCCACAAAAGCAAGAAGGUAGGCGUGCCCCAACCCCUGAGUGUGUGAGCAGAGGGAGGACUGCGGGGUGAGAGGGAAAGAAAAUGGACUUCAUGACUUUCAUGGAAGAUCCAUUUCUUUUCCCCCGAUUGCACAAACUGCAUGGACUUGUGGCCCAGCUGUGAGGAGCAACAUUGGUUUACGCUUCUAUCCUUAAAAAGUUACAGAACUGUGUCCUACGACAAUUAUUUAUAGUGACUAUAACUGAAUUGACAAUGUCAACGUAACUGAUAAAUUAUAUUUGGUAAAAUAAAGAGGACGUUUAUUUAGGUG